AGCUGUCAUCAACUUGCUAAACAAGUUUCCUCUUAAUUACUUUCUGUUACUUCACCCAGCCCUUAAAAUCUCAAUUAUCCUUAUGGUUAGCGCAUUCACCUGAGAACCUCUGGUCAGGACGAAUGGCGUGCAGAAGUUUCCUGUAUCUUUGUUAACAGCAGCGACCAGCCCAUCAGCACAUCAUGUAUAGACCAGUCACAGCUUCCCGCACAUCUCUGCCGCUGUGGAUAAUUGCCCUCAUUGUGUUUGGAGUGUUGGCGAUUCUUGGAAUCACUAUUGGCCUCCUGGUUCAUUUUCUGGCCGUAGAAAAUAGAACUAACUAUUAUCAAGGAAGCUUUCAAGUGCUAGAUAUCCCAUAUAAUAAAAAUUAUGAAAGGGAGACAUCCCAAGAAAAUAACUACCUUAGUAAAAUCCUUGAAACUAAGAUGGUUGAUGCAUUUGAAAGCUCUGACAUUUACAGACAAUAUAUCAAUUCCCAAGUCAUCACACUGGUUCCUGAUGGCAACAGUGUGACAGCACACAUAUGGCUGGUGUUCAAGGAUUCCAGAGCAAGGGCGGAAAACACAAGGAGAAGAAUUGAGAGCAUCUUACGCCAGAUGCUGAGGAGCCAGUCGGGAUCCUUGACCACAGAUCCCACUUCUCUUAAACUCACGGAAAUCAAUAAAGCUGAUGCUGAAAAAAUUAUCAACAGCCGCUGCGGGAGGCGAGCAAGGAUGUCCGCUACGCAUGACAGGAUCAAGGGAGGCUCCACGGCUCAGGAGGGAGAGUGGCCGUGGCAGGCCAGCCUCAAGAUGAACGGCAAGCACUACUGCGGGGCGGUGUUAAUCAGCGAGCGCUUCCUGCUGACCGCGGCUCACUGCUUUACAAAGACAGAUGAUCCAAAAAGCUUUGUGGUCAGCUUUGGCACAGAGGUAACUCCCCCCUAUAUGCAACACAAUGUGCAACAAAUUAUUAUUCACGAAGGCUACGUCAAAGGUGAACAUCACGAUGAUAUUGCGAUUAUACGGCUCACUGAAAAAGUUGCAUUUAAAAAUGAUGUGCAUCGAGUUUGCCUUCCUGAAGCCACACAGAUAUUCCUGCCUGGUGAAGGAGUUGUUGUUACAGGAUGGGGAGCACUUUCCUAUAACGGUAAAUUCCCAGGGUUACUUCAGAAGGCACCUGUGAAAAUUAUAGACACAAACACAUGUAAUGCUGAAGAAUCCUAUGAUGGCAUGAUACAGGACACAAUGUUAUGUGCUGGCUACAUGGAAGGAAAUAUUGAUGCCUGUCAGGGUGACUCUGGAGGACCACUAGUUUAUCCCAAUUCUCGAAAUAUUUGGUACCUUGUUGGCCUCGUGAGCUGGGGAGAUGAAUGUGGCAAAAUCAAUAAGCCAGGUGUCUACACAAGAGUGACAGCCUACCGCAACUGGAUUGCCUCUAAGACUGGUGUCUAAAGGGACAUGCAGCUUGUAAAACUAACACAGGCCAUUGUUGCUGUGACUUCUAGGUCUCACUUAAUAUGUUCUUCUAAUUAGUGGGUGCACUGGCUAUUUGAAGAAUUAUGGACCUGAGGAUAUGUUUGUGAACUUAUAUUUUGAGCAGACUUCAAAAGACAAAAUAAGAAAUUUUACCAUUUUGGGUCCAGAAAGGCUUAAGUCAAGAAAAUACUCCCACCAAAAAUAAUAUUUAUAGUACCAUACUGUAUGUAACACUAUUUCAUUAACUCAUGUUAUGGUUAUCUCACCACAGGACAAAGCUCAUGAGGUUUGUUCUUACAACUCUGUAGAGUUGUGAAGGUGUAUUUUUGCCCAUGGAAAAUUAGCAUACAGUGCAAUGAGAGACUGGAAUUAUGACGGUUGUGUUGGAGCAUGUGGUGUCUGCUUUCAUGUCAUAGCUAUAUGACUGUGAUAUAAACCUAGUCUAGAGGUAGGCAUUGAAUUUGCACCUCUUAUUUGUACUACUACCUUCAUCAGUUGCAAACAUUGUGAAACACUUUCACAACAAGACUAAACAAAAAAUACACUGCAGACUCACAGGGGACCAAGUACAACAACCCUUCAGAAUUGGUGCAGGAUUUGGUGGAAAUUCCCUACUGGUAAUAUAUUUUGAAGAAUGACUAUAGACAGUGAAAAUGUGCAGCAUAGUUUAAUUAAAACAAGUUAAUAGGCAGACCAUCUUUAUUCAAUAACAGUUUUCUUGUUCUUUUUUAUUUUUAUUUGUUUCAUAAGAAUGUGCAAAUUGCUGUUUUUCUUUGUCUUCAAUAACAAUAACAG